AUGGACAGAUAUAAUAUUGCAGGACUUGACAAAAAUUUAUUAGAAGAUCCUUUUUAUGACAGAAUUUUAGGUUGUAUAUAUGGGUCAGUUUUGGGUGAUGCUUAUGGUUUAGCAACCGAAUUAUUAAAUAAAGACCAAAUAAUAAAAAUAUAUGGAACUAGUGCUAUACCAUUUCCUUCAAAUAUUAGAACAUCUAACUCUUGUAGAUGGGUUAGAGGCGAUUGGACUGACGAAUCAGAUCAAAUGAUUUUAGUUAUGGAAUCUAUUAUUGAAAAUAAUGGUAAAGUAGACGAAGUACAUUUUGCAAAAAAAUUACAAAAAUGGGUUAUAGGAGGAUUUUCAGAAUUGGGUGAUAGUGCAGGUAUUGGUUCAAGUUUUACAUCAAUUGUUUUACAACCACAAUUUACAAGUAAUCCAUUGUAUGUAAGUGAAAAGAACUGGGUAACAUCUGGUAGAAGAUCGGCAACUAACGGAUGUUUACCACGUUCAACAAUUUUAGGUGCUAUAUCAUAUGACAAACUACAGAAUGUUAUUGCAAACUCAAGUGCUAUUUGUAAAGUAACCCAUUACGACCAAAGAUGUAUUAUUUCAAGCAAUGUUUUAGCUCUCAGUAUCGCAAUGCUAUUAAAUAAUGCCGCAACCAAAAAGAUAUUAAGUCUCAGCUCAACCAGUGACAGAAAAAAUGAAGAGGUAGAUAAUGUAAUUGAAGAAGUUGUUAAAGGUGCAUGCUCAAUGUUGUCAGGUUCAAUUCAAGAAAGAGUCGAGUUUGAAGAAAUUAUAUACAAUACAUCUUUAGAUUCUUUAAAUUUAUCCUACUCCGACUCUUUAAGUUAUGUUUUUAAAGCAUUGGGUGCUGGUUUCUGGGGUUUAAGAUCAAACUAUUCUUUUAAGGAUACUUUAAAUUUAGUUAUUAGAGAAGGUGAAUGGUUGGACCAAAGGGUAGUUAAAUUUAUUGAUAUAGUUAAAAAAAAUAAAAAAGAAUAA